AACUUGUGAUGGGAUGAGGUGUCAUGGAAGCAAACAAAUUAAAUUGGGGAUAUUGAUAUGAGAGGAGACCUCCUCUCUUAUUAUUACAUACUUUAUUUAAAGAGACUUAGCUUUUGAGCUGAGGAAGAGAAAAACAUUAAAUCUCAGAAAAAGAUCAAUAUAAUGGUAUCGAGGGAGCAGAAAAGAGCCUCAGUGCUGCAUGACAAAUUGCAACUUCUUCGAUCAAUCACUAAAUCUCAUGCUCUUAGUGAAAGCUCAAUCAUAGUAGAUGCAUCAAAGUAUAUUCAAGAACUCAAACAGAAAGUGGAAAGGCUAAAUGAAGACAUAACUACUACUACUACCCCUCAAACAAAUUCAAACAACAAGACUUCUUCAUGGCCACAAAUUGAAGUGGAAACCCUAGAAAAAGGUUUCUUAGUAAAUGUAUAUUCAGAAAGAAGUUGCCCUGGCUUGCUUGUUUCCAUAUUACAAGUUCUUGAAGACCUUAGCCUUAACGUCCUUGAAGCUAGGGUUUCUUGCACCGACACCUUUCGUUUACAAGCAUUUGGGGGAGAGGAUGAAGAAACCAUGAUUAAUGCCCAAGUGGUGACAGAGGCAGUUUUUGAAGCUAUUAAGAACUGGAGUGAAAGCAAAGAGCAAGGCUAAUUAAUCAAAUAUAUAAUAUAGUUUAAUUAGCUAUUACUAUUAAUUAUUACUAUCAUCUCUCUUUUCGUUUUCUCUUUAAUUUUAACUUUCCCGAUCAUCUUCCUAGCUA